UGUGAGCUCUUGGGUAUGAAGUGAAACAGAACAGAAACUACCACCUGAAACUGCUGCUUCAAGUUCAGAUCAGUCAAGGAACAUCUGCCACAAUCGUAACCGACAAGACCAAAGAAGAGAACUUGCGCUAAAGACACAACACUUGAUCUGAAACAAGAAGUUUGUGCCUACUCAACAGCUUCACAAGAGCACUUCCCAACGCUGUUAUUAGUCUUUGUUUUAUUCUCAGUGCUGCACUUUGCAACCGCCAAGUGCAGCGGGUGUCGUCUUUCUUAGCUCGAUAGGUCAUUUUUCUCUCACUAUCUAUCAACACUAGUAACUUUCAACCUUCUGAAUCGUGUGCUGACCGAAAGCUCAAUAAAUACUACUGAAAGUGCAAUACUUGGAUUUCUCAGCAAGAUGAGCUUUGACCCAAACCUUCUCCACAACAAUAGCCAUAAUGGGUACCCAAAUGGUACUUCAGAUCUGCGUGAAACGGGCGUUAUAGAAAAACUGCUGACAUCCUAUGGCUUUAUUCAGUGUUCAGAACGUCAGGCAAGACUCUUCUUUCGCUGUUCACAAUAUAAUGGAAACCUUCAAGAGCUCAAAGUGGGAGAUGAUGUGGAAUUUGAAGUGUCAUCUGACAGAAGAACUGGUAAACCAAUUGCAGUCAAGUUAGUAAAGAUAAAACUGGAAAUUAUGCCUGAAGAAAGAAUAAAUGGACAGGUUGUUUGUGCUGUGCCUCACAACUUGGAAAGCAAGUCUCCAGCUGCUCCUGGUCAGAGCCCCUCCGGAAGUGUAUGCUACGAGCGUAAUGGGGAGGUGUUUUAUCUAACUUACACACCUGAAGACGUGGAUGGUAAUGUUCAACUUGAAACUGGAGACAAAAUAAGUUUUAUAAUUGAAACUAAUAAACAUACCGGUGCUGUUAGUGCUCGUAACAUUAUGCUGAUGAUGAAGAGGAAGCAAAUGCGCUGCCAAGGAGUGGUUUGUGCUAUGAAGGAAGCCUUUGGAUUCAUUGAGAGGGGAGAUGUUGUCAAAGAAAUAUUCUUUCACUACAGCGAAUUUAAGGGGGACCUAGAAGCAUUGCAGCCUGGUGAUGAUGUGGAGUUUACCAUCAAGGACCGGAAUGGUAAGGAGGUGGCUACAGAUGUGAGACUUUUGCCACAAAGAACUGUUAUUUUUGAAGAUAUAAGCAUUGAACACUUUGAAGGAACAGUUACCAAAGUUAUACCAAAAGUACCCAACAAAAAUCAGAAUGAUCCUUUACCUGGACGUAUUAAAGUAGACUUUGUGAUACCUAAAGAGCUCCCAUUUGGGGACAAAGACACAAAGUCAAAGGUGACCCUUUUGGAAGGGGAUAGAGUAAGAUUCAACAUCUCCACUGACCGCCGUGACAAAUUAGAACGUGCAACAAAUAUAGAAGUUCUCCCCGAUACCUUUCAGUACACCGAUGAGUCAAGAGAAAUGGAUGUAUCUGCUCAGAGAAAUCAUGCCAUAAGAAUUAAAAAGCUCCCUAAGGGCACAGUCUCAUUUCAUACUCAGUCAGAUCAUCGUUUUGUUGGUAUUGUAGAAAAAGAAGCCAUCAGUACCAACACAAAAUCAAGCAGUCCCAACAAAGGCAAGGAAAAGGAGUGUGAAGAAGGUAUCAUCUCAUACGAAGAUUGUGGAAUCCGACUGACAGUGUCUUACCAUCUUAAGGAUAUUGAAGGAUCAUCUGCUCCACAGCUUGGAGACAAAGUUGAGUUUAGCAUUUGCGAAGCCAAAAGAACUGGUCAACAGAGCGCAGUUUCAAUGAAAGUUCUUGGUCGGAACUCCAACUCAAAACGAUUUUUUGGUUUUGUGGCCACCUUGAAAGAUAAUUUUGGAUUAAUCGAAACGGCAAACCAUGAUAAAGAAAUAUUCUUUCAUUACAGUGAGUAUUCCGGUGAUGUGGAUAAACUUGAACUGGGAGACAUGGUUGAAUACUGCUUGUCAAAAGGAAAGGGCAACAAGGUCAGCGCUGAUAGAGUUUCAAAGGUACAUCAAGUUAAUGGAGAAAAUGACGACGUGGAUCCAAUGGUGUACUGGGGUAAAGUAAUCAGACCCCUUAGGAGCGUUGACCCUACACAGACUGAAUAUCAGGGCAUGAUUGAGCUUUUAGAAGAGGAUAAGCAGAACAUAACAGAGGAAACUCCUGAAGAAGCUGAGAAUGCAGAAAAUGAGACCAGCAUGGAGUCCAGUAAACCAGCUGACAUGAAAGGCAGUCUUAUGCCUUUUGGCAUUGUGGGGAUGUGCAAUAAAGCAGAUUGCUUACAGAAAGGAGAAACUGUCAAGUUUCAGAUGUGUGUUCUGGGUCAGAAUGGACAGACAAUGGCUUGUAACAUUGAGCCUCUCCACAGGGGUACUGUGGAAUGUGUGAAAGAUCAGUUUGGUUUUAUAAACUAUGAAGUAGGUGACAGCAAAAAGCUUUUCUUCCACGUGAAGGAGAUCCAGGAUGGUAUUGAUCUACAGUCUGGGGAUGAAGUAGAAUUUUCAGUGAUUCUUAAUCAGCGUUCUGGGAAAUGCAGUGCCUGUAAUGUUAAGCUUUUGAGCAAAGGUCCAGAAUUGGUAGCAGCCCCUCGUCCUGACAGAUUAGUAAGCCGGUUAAAGAGCAUAACCCUUGAUGAUGCCAGUGCUCCCCGUCUCAUGGUACUACGUCAGCCAAAAGGUCCAGAUAACACAAAGGGAUUUGGUGUAGAGAGAAAGAUCCGUCAAACUGGAGCCAUCGACUAAGUUCCAUCUACAUAAGCACAUUACCUAAUAAAGUAUGAUCAAACUUGGGCAUGGUGAAGAUCAUCAACAUCUCUUCGCUGUCCAUAAAUUCUGAGAAUAUUAUACUGUUGUAACGGAUUUAUCAAUUUUAACACCUUCCAUCUUAUGUUCUAGCCAGGAAAGUUAAGAAACAGACCUUUUUAAAUUAUGCACAAUUGUAAAGGAGUUAAGUGGAA